AUGCUCGACUUGUCUAGCGCCGACACGGCGGUGUUUCGCCCCGAAUUUUGCACGACGCCGCAGGAUAUCAAGGCUACAACACGACCGUUUAGUGCGUCCGCGACGACCGACAACGUCUUUGCCGUUGUCCACUUUGGCCAAGGAUUCGAGCACCUAGGGCAUGCAGCUCCGACGACAUUUGUUGUGCUUCGACCGACGCGGCGGCUGGACGCUGCGACGGCCUGUGAGUUUUGGACCUGCCCCGCGGGCGAGCGGCGGGUCUACGAUGGGCUUUACACACCGUUCGGCGCAACACGCGUCGUCGAGCAGAGCGCAUCACCCAUCUACAACGAGAUGCUUGCCGUCAACGUCCCGUCCAAUGUGCGCACUCGCGGCGUGUGGGGCGUCGUGCUCGAGGUCAUCGCCAAAAGCGUUGAUGGCCAAGACAUACUUCUCUCGUCGGUGGCCAUGCCGGUGGAGUAUCUUCCGUUGGACUCGGAGGCGUCCAUGCAACUGCAACUACCAUCAGCAUCGAGCGCGUCGCCGGCGUCGGCGAGCCUUCUGGUGACAUUUUUUCGGACUCACCAGCUGUGUGUUCUCGCCAUCUUGCAAGUACGAGCUCACGAGCAAUCGAUCGAUAGGAGGCCUUCGCUGCACCGUGCCGAGCUGACGUUGGAGUGCAUUGGGUCGAAUGCAAUGCACCCGAGCCUCGUCGACGACAGGACGCGGCUUCGACUCGAGAUUUUGGACGCCGAUGCGGCGGGGACAACCACUACUGUUCAUGCGCCGCUCGUACGUAUGUCAAUUCCCGACGCGAGCUAA